AUGCCUGUUCAUUUUCAGAAAACUUCAUCUAUAUCUAAUCGAUGCGAUGAAUCGGGUUAUUCUAAUCCGUAUUUGAAUAAUAGCAAUAGGACAGUACUUAUUCGACAUUUAUCCGAUGAACAGAUUGGCAAACUUCGUAGUGAACUCGACAUUGUUCAUAUAAAUGUUGAAGUACUCGAUGAAAUGCUUGCUACAUUGGAGCCUGGCAAUGAGCAUCAACAAGAUUGGCAAUUAUUAACGGUUAACAAAAUCUAG